CUCUCUUCUCGUUCAUUUUGUUCACACAUGCUGCGUUUGGCUGCGUCGUCUCGGCGCGGUUUCGCACAACUCUGCGCGGCCGCAGCCCCCGCCGCCACGAGCCGCCUUGCAAUGGCAUCCAUGGCCGAGCGCACGCAGAUCCAGGCGAGCAUUCUGUCGUGGGGCGCUGCGGACGCCGGUGCGCUCGGUCUCGGCACGCUGCUGCCACCUGCGCUCCAACCGCAGUCGCAGUCAUCACAGUCGUCGCAGUCACAGUCACCACGCGGACUGGACUCUGGAUCUGGACUGCCACGCUCAUUGGGUGCUGAGCAGCCGGCGCCACUGUUUGUGUCAACCCCGACACGUGUCCCAGGCCUCGAGAGAUAUGUUCCGUAUGCGAUCGCAGCUGGAUGGGCGCACUCGUUGGUCGCCGUGCAAAACCCAGGUCUCGGAACAUUCGCAUUGCUCGGCGCUGGCCUCAAUACCAGCAAUCAAAUAGGCUUGAUUGAUCCCGAAACACGCCAGCGUCGUCGACAGCACGAGGCUGCCGACUUCAUCUCCUCGCAAGAUGGCGACCAAGCAGUGCCAGCGAAGGCCGUCAGUGAUUUCACCUUCAUCCAUCGGUUUGACGAUCAACCCGUCGUGUCGAUGGCGUGCGGACGUCAACACUCGAUUGUCGCAACAGCAACACAAGUCGUCGGCUUUGGAAACAACCACUACGGACAAUGCGGCAUCCUCCCAUUCCGCGCAAGACAAUCCCCCGACUUUGUCCAUUUGAAUUUGCUGCUCACAGGGGCCAGUCGCGAGUUGGCCAACACGCCAGAAAUGCCGUUGCGCGUGGCGUGCGGUCUGGACUUGACGCUCAUAUUGCACGCAGACGUCCUGUACGCGAGCGGCUGGGGUGCUGACGGGCAAACGGGACUGGGUGUGGACACGGACGUCCGGUUGCUGUCGCCGAUCGUUUUCGAGGCAGAAGACUUUGUGGGAGAAAAGGUGCAUCACUUUGCGACGCGCGCCGAUUGCUCGUAUGCCCUUGUCAGCAACAGCAACGGAGUACACCGGCUGUUUACGUGGGGCAACUCGGAAUAUGGCCAAACCAGUCUUGGCAAGAAGCCCGAUAAGUAUUUGAAACCACACGUUGUACCAGGUCUGGGCGCUGCAUCCGUCAAGCAGAUUGCUGCUGGCGGAUCGUUUGCCGCGUUUUUGACUGCGGAUGGCUGUGUUCAUACGUGUGGUUAUGGCCCAGCACUCGGACGAGGCAACCACACACUAGAGUCGCUCGAGAUUGCGCAGCUCGAUCGCGCCCUGUUCAAUUUCGAGCCAGUCGUGCAGCUCGUCAGCGGAAACGACUACGUCAUGGCGCUCACCGUCACCGGAAAGCUCUUUGCCUGGGGACGCGGCCAAUGGGGACGUCUUGGCCUGGGCCACACGGCCGAUGCGUGGGUGCCAACAAGGGUACCAAUCGAGGGCAAGGUCACCAGCGUUGCGUGCGGAGUGGAUCACACUUUGGCGAUCGUUGUCGACAAUGAAUAAAUGCAACCUGCACAUUCAACGAGAACGAC